UUCCUGCGCUUGGAGCAACAGAGGGGAUCUCUGAGGAUACACGGAUGAGAAAGAGGAGUGGGGGAGCCAAGGAAGAGGAGCCCGAGUGUGUUUCGCCCCAGGGGGAGCUCCCACACACCGCAGACAAGGCACACACUCCAGCGGGCACUCUGCACGGUUUCCCUGACAACUAGGAUGGGCUGCAAUUUGUGCACCUUGCAGAAACGGGAAGAACACUACAAACUGCUGUAUGAUAUUGCACAGGUGAACGGGCGCAACUUCUCCAAGGUCGACCAUGAGGAGGCAGUGGUGGAGGCCAUCAGGCGAGACCCCAUCGUUGUCCAGGUUCUCCGACGAACCCCCACCCGAGCAACGGCUGCUGUUGCACAUAACCACGGCGGCGCACCACAGGAUGGGUGUGUGGUGGACGUUUGCACACAAACGGACAUCACCUUCGAGCACAUCAUGGCGCUGGCGAAGCUUCGGCCGGCUACUCCUCCCGUCCCUGACAUCUGUCCCUUCCUGUUGUCUGACAGUUGUCAUUCCAUCCACACCAUGGAGCAUGACUUUUAUGAAUGUCCAGAGUACCUGUCCAAUAUCCCAGCAGAAGUGGAGAGGACUGAAGAGUAUGAGUACGAGGAAGUGGAGCUGUGCAGGCGGAACAGCCUGGAGAAGCUUGGCUUGACACUGUGCUACAGGACCGACGAUGAGGAGGACAGCGGCAUCUAUGUCAGCCAGGUGGAGCCAAAUAGCAUAGCAGCAAGAGAUGGACGCAUCAAGGAAGGAGAUCGUAUUCUACAGAUAAAUGGCUGUGAAGUGCAAGACAGAGAGAAAGCCGUUGCCUUGUUGUCAAGUGAAGAAGCAAGGAGCAUCAUACUACUGGUGACAAGACCAGAAAUCCAGCUGGAGGAGGAGGUAUGGCUGGAUGACGAGCAACAGGAGCUUGUGGAGGAGCUGAAGAUGGAAAUCCUGGAGGAGAGGAGGAAAAAGAAGGAACGUAACUUUGACAGGGGAGAUGAGCAUCUAGCUGAAGAAGAUAUGACAACAGACACAGCCACGUGCUCCUCCAACAAUCAAGACAAAGACAGUGGGUUUGGUCACAGUACAGACAGUCCAGAUCACCAACCACUGUUGGCUAGACUCCACAGGAGGAGCCCAGCCCAAUGCCUGAGGGAGCGCUGGCGGGUAGAGCAUCCACACUCAAGACGAGGGACUGUAGUGCCACAGGACACCCAGGGUCCGAGGACAUUGUCCAAAUGCCAAGGCCAUGAAGGGGUAAUCAGUAUUCGCAAUGGUGGCGGAGGGGUUUUAGGUUCUGAGAAUCGCUUUCAGCAACUUCUGGAGCUCAAGUGUCAAAUCCGGAAUGGAGGCGAGUGUGGGGUGUACUCCAUUCGACACAGCAUAGAGUGUAGUGUCACUGAGCAAGGAGUGGAAGAAGAUGGCGUAGAUUGUGUUGGCGGAGUGGAGCAGGAGUUGAGGAUGCUAAAUGAGGAACUGUGCAGCAUUGAGCUUGAGUGCCAGAGCAUCAUGCAGGCGCAUCAGCUCCGCCAGGCCCACCAGCUGGACCCCUCGCAACCCGCGUCACCAGGACAAAGUCCCAAAGACGGAAACAAGCGACAAGGCAGGUUGGCCGACAUCCAUGAAUACCCUGAGCGAUCGGACAGCGACAGGAUUCGGGAAAAGGACAGCUCCAGUGCCUACAACACAGCGGAGAGUGCGCGGUCGACACCGCUAGGAAUGGAGAGAUCUCCUGAUCAUUCUCUGAAUAGACGCAUCAGCAUCACCAACCAGAAAAACCUAAGACUGGCUUCCUCCACACCCUACAGCCCCAUCCCUAUCCCCAAUCCCCUGAGUACACCCAGUCGUAGCCGACCGGCAGAGCCAGGCCCUGUUAUCUCCAGCAGCCCAGACCAGAGCAACCCUUCCCGGUCUGAGUCAGACCCUUCACUGCCUGCAGACGAUGAGAGGUGUGAGAAAAAAGGAAUGAGCAGAGAUUCCAGGAGGGGGCUUCCAUAUGGUUGUUAUCAGACAACCCCCUAUCAAGGCCAGGGAGGAUCCAGGCAACUUCAGAGCUACAUGCAGCUGCUACAGCAGCACUCAUCCCUGGAGUAUUCCCAGAGUCAGCUGAGUCUGCUCAGUGUCUGUCGAGAUCCCGUUCACCGGACGGGACGCCCUGGGGAACCCCGUCUAGAGUGGAAGGUCAAAGUUCGGGCUGACGGCACGCGCUACGUGGCCCGGAGGCCUGCUCGCGACCGCAUUCUGAGGGAGCGGGCGCUAAGGAUCAGAGAAGAGAGGAGCGGAGGCAUGACCACAGAUGACGAUGCUAUGAGCGAGAUGAAGAUGGGCCGCUACUGGAGCAAAGAGGAGAGGAAGCAGCACUUGGCUCGGGCCAGGGAGCAAAGAAAGAGGAGGGAGUUCAUGCAAAAGAGCCGCCUCGAGUGUCUAAAGGAGGGGCCAGCCAGUGGAGCUGAGGGCAGGAAGGAGGUCAAUAUCUUGGAGCUCAGUCACAAAAAGAUGAUGAAGAAACGAAACAAAAAGAUCCUGGAUAACUGGAUGACCAUCCAGGAGCUGAUGAGCCAUGGGGCUCGAGUCCCAGAGGGCUCCAAAGUACAUAACGCUUUCCUAUCUGUCACAACUGUCUAGCGGACACAAGCAGUACUGCAUAUUUCUAAGUACUGAACACUGAACCUGCAUUUCAGGAACUACUGCUUUAUGUAAUAAACAAUUGUCUGUUUGUGAAAUUUGAUUAAUGUCACUGCUGGAGGACUUCUGUAGCAUUCCCAAGGCAACUUUGUAACUAUUACUUCAAGAAUGUUUUGAAUUGUAAUACUCUAUCAUUACAAGAUCUCAGCCAUUCAAAACGUUUUGGUAAUGCACUGGCUUUUGAUAGGAGAUGCUUUUGGUAGCAUAUUGGUUCAAACUGAUUCACAGAAAAAAGUGCUGAACCAACACGAUAACUUCAUGUACUACUAUGUAUUGUCUCUCCGUACUCCAUAUUCUUGUUUCAUUGCAUAUGAAGCAACUUCACUUGCCUCGUUCAAAGUGGCAUUUUUUUAUAAUCGGGGGGAAAAUACAAUAUUUUUCACACUUUGUAAAUGCUAAACUUUUUGUAAGCAUUUUUUUACACUGAAUGUCAAAUUUUCUGUGAACAUUUAUUUGUGCUAUCUUAUUUAUGUUAUGUAUCACCAAACCAUCAAGAUCAGAGUUGACACUAUUUGAUUGUAUUGUAUGCCAGACCAACACAAGAGAAAUUAGAAACUUUGUGAAAUCACUGAACUCAUCUCAUAAAACACUUCUUUCAUUGUGUUGAUAAUGUCUGUUGAGUCAGUCAUCUGAAAAAUUGAAAGCACUGAAAAUAUAAUUAUGCUAUCUCGAAAUCUCAUAUUAUUCAUGAGCUGGGAAGGCUUUUUAAAACAGUUUUACCUCAGUCAAAACCCUCGAGUCGACCCUGAACCCUUACUAAACCAUAAAUGCGUGAAUUAUGUUUAAAAUGUUAAAUAGAUUCAUAUUUAUAUUCUUUACCGUUAUUUCUAUUUAUUGUAAAUGAAUUUGUAUGGUGCGUCUGAUAAAUGUUUAACAUUAAGCGGCUACCCUUCAUAGGGAAGUCCAGGAAAUGUAUCAACUCAAACCUGUUGCUUUUCACUGUAAAGUUCAUUGAAGAGGCCUUGAGUUCAGUAUUUGUUGAUGGUGGUAUUUGUAAUAAAACUAAUGAUAAAAAAGAUUAAGAAAAAAACAUCUUUUUGAUAAUUUUGUCUUUUAUUGAUAUCUAUAUAAAUCUUCACAAUGAC